CCGAAAACAACAACAAUGCUACAGGCGGAAUGGAUAAUAUUGAACGGAAGCUCAGUUCGAAAGCCGCAUUUGUUUACAGCAGCAAAGAAAGGUGGAAAACAUCAGCGGAAGUUGCCAUUCCUAGGAAAAGCUCAUACUCCUCGUUACAUUGAUGUCGUUCCUAUCGUCUUUGUGAUUGUACCGCCUCAGUUAAUAAACACAGCGCUGAAGCAAUGCCUCAACGAGUGUUCGCCUCUGCGCGACUUAGGACAAUUCGUCGUUCGCGAAGUUUUAUUGUGCCAACAAAACCUUGCCUGUAUCUCGGUUUCAGAGUUUCAUCUCGCUCUUCCUCCGCGUCGAUGUUUACGUCAUCUGGUGGCGCUGCAGUUCCGUCAUCACGUCAACCUUCACAUCGUUGUGCGUUCAAGGACAAUGUUACUUAACCGACUCCAUCAAUUGGCGUUGUUAUCAGUUUGGCAAAGCCGACGAGCCGUAUCCAUCAGCCAAACGAAUCUUCUUUCAACGACAACUAUCACGGCGGUUCCUUACAAUACCUGUAAGAGGCUCCUCUUUCGUCAACUAUUCGAUGAAAAGAGCAGCACCUACACAUAUUUAUUGGCGGACAAAAAUGUGAACGAAGCCCUGCUAAUUGAUCCUGUUCUUGAAAAGGUAGACCGUGAUCUUAAACUUGUCAAUGAGCUAGGCCUAAAAUUGAAGUAUGUGCUGAACACGCACGUUCACGCUGAUCAUGUGACCGGCUCGGGAUUGCUAAAGAAACGUACGCCUGGUUUGCUUAGCGUCAUCUCUCUAUCUUCCGGAGCAAGCGCAGAUCGACACGUGAGCGAAGGCGACGAGGUGGCAAUCAGUGAAUAUUUAAAACUACAAGUGUUAGCAACGCCGGGCCACACAAAUGGUUGCUUGUCAUACGUGGAUAGUAAUAUGGGCUGCGUGUUUACUGGCGACGCACUACUGAUCCGGGGAUGCGGACGCACAGAUUUUCAAGAAGGAUCGCCGCAUCUUCUUUACAAGAGCGUGCAUUCAAAGAUUUUCACCCUACCUGAACACUACACCGUUUAUCCUGCUCAUGACUAUAAAGGAAUGACGAGUUCCUCAAUUUGGGAGGAAAAAUGCUAUAACCCGCGGUUAACGAAAACCCUUGAUGAGUUUGUCGAAAUAAUGAACAAUCUCAACUUACCGUAUCCCCGGCAAAUUGAUACAGCUCUCCCACUAAAUUAUGCCUGUGGGAUUCAAGGACCCUGAUUUCCUAGAACGAAAGUAGUCAAGUAGAAUACUUUGAUUCAAAGAUGAUGCGUGUCACAGAGAGUAUAACGACCGAACAGACGAACUGUGCUUACUAGUUAAAAUAAAUAGUGCAACAGCCAUGAUAUCGCGUCUACUAACAGUAGUGUUGAAUUAGACUAAGAACCGGUUGGCUUGCAUAUAUAUAUAUUUAUAAUAAGAAACAAGCGCACCUCACAGCCACUCACUUUGCACUUAUAUAUCCGUAGACGCAUGUUUAUAUUUAGUUAUAUAUUCCUUGCUGUGCUAACCGUUCGAACCUCACAAUGCCAACUCAAAUGAAGCCUCCCAUUCAAUUUGCUUAGCCUUGUGAACUUCGAUUCGUGCCCACGGGCCCUACGCAUUGAUAUGUUUCCUUUUAGAGCAGUGAUGCCGAUGAGUUCUUCUUCUCGGUACGAUGCACCUUCGAAAAUGGCCGUCAAGUCUCUAACUAACUCAAAUUAAUUAAUUGGCUCUAGCCGCUGUCAGGAAGUUAGUGAAAGUAAUCGAUCUAAUGAUGUAACGGAUUUUUGCCAAAAACAGGCUAAAUAUGGGCUUGUCUUCAGCUCAUCCGGCAGAGUUUGUUUCGAGCAAACGAUCAUUGAAACGUCGCCUCGUUUCUCCUACAGCAAAAAUAGAACUGUUCUGUCUAUCCGACCUCCUUCGUAAAGAAACGAUUGUACACCUUCUCCUUAAAGCAAUCUUGAAGUCAAACCAGGCGCAGGUUACUUCUUGCAAACGUCGACACAAGGUUUACUCCAAUGCGCUCAGAAAGACAACGGCAAGGUCUAGGGAGAGUAACGUGAAGCUACACGGCGCUAAAGUAGCCCAGAAUGAGAAGAUCCAGUGAGAUAAGUGUGGCCGAGUUGUAACGAAAGAAAUUAUCUAUAAAUAAAUAUGUCUUUAACUAUAUAAAAUUAGAGCGAAUGACUGUGAAGUCUUCAUUCUUGUCAGCCAAUGACAGGGUUAUAUAUAUAUAUAUUACUUAUAGGGCCAUAGUUGAAAAGUCCUUGCCAGUUGGUAAAUUACCGUACAAUAACUAAUGUACUUAGAAAAUCUAUCACUGUUGUUACUGUCACUACCGAAAAAAGAAUUGAAGGCUUUAAUUAAAUGAUAAG